GACAUAGACACGCUCAAUAUAAAAGUAAUACUUCGAACAGAACUCGUUCUUUACGUUCCAAUAUCAAUGAUUCAUUAAACUGUACUAAAAAACGAGAAGAAAUUGGUUUUAAAAAAGUUAUGGUAUCUGAUAUUUUAGCCAUUAGAAAUAAUGAUGAUGAAGAAUACGCAUUAUUAGCUUAUAAAGAUACUAAUUUGAUACCAGAUUGGCAACCUGUUCGAAACCUCAGAAAUGCUACAGCUCUUCUUGAAAAAUUUUGGCAAAAGCAAGCUUCUCGGUCUUGUCAAUUAGUUAACGCAACUGAUUCCUCUUCAAAUAUCGUUAAUACUAUUGAUGAUAGUUAA